GCCACCAAUCACCUCGCGCCACGUCACCAUCAAGCCAAUCCCGUCUCGCCACGCGGAGGACGACCACGUCCGACGUGGACACCGGGCUUCCGCCCUUAGUCUAUAUGGUUAAUGAAGGAGAGGAGUUAGAGAGAGAGGUGAAAGGAGGCGACUGUAGAUUAUAAGACAACUGGGAAUGUUUUGCUGGUCGUAGUGAUAUGGUAUUUUUCUUUAUGAAUCAACUAAUUAAGUAAAGGAAAUUCUAGUAAUUUUGUUGCACCUAGGGAGGUCAAUGUAAUUAUAUAAACUUAAGGGGAGCUGAGGGAAAUUGUUUCUGAAAUUAUCCCUUGAUUUUUCAAGGGGACAAAGGGUUUUUUAUACAACAGUAGCUUUUUAAAGGUUCGGGGGAUGCAGUAAUUCCAAUUUAUUACAAAAAUUUCCAUCCAUCUUGUACCAGAUAGCCUGUUCGAUUCCUGGUUCCGAAAUUGGCGGUUCCUCUGCUAUUGCCGCUGCACGUGGGACAUUUCUCCAUUACUGAGGCAUUUAGGGGGAUAUAUAUCAGCUCUACCAUUAUGUCAAGGUCAUUGGCGGGUUUACUGAGGAGGAGCAUUGCGGCCUUUCCAGCUGCUCAAUCCUCUGCUAUUGCUUCUGGAUGCUUUUAUCGAAGUGCAACCUGCUAUUCAACUACUGUGCCACAUGAUCCUGAUACACACGAAGACUUCAUACCCACUAGUAAGCUUGAGGGUUCUGGACUUUCACUGAAUAAGAUUGUUGAACAGGAUGUCAACGAGAACCCUGUGAUGAUUUACAUGAAAGGAGUCCCAGAUCUUCCUCGUUGCGGAUUCAGCUCAUUAGCAGUGAGGGUGCUGCAAGAAUACAGUGUACCUAUAAGCGCCCGAAAUAUACUGGAAGACCCUGAGCUGAAGAAUGCUGUGAAAGCCUUCAGCAACUGGCCUACAUUCCCUCAAAUAUUCAUUCACGGGGAGUUCAUUGGAGGAUCAGAUAUCAUCCUUAAUAUGCACCAGACUGGUGAGCUUAGAGAAAAGCUGAAAGAUACCUCUGAUGGACAAGAGAAAGUGGAAUAAGUUACAUUGCAGAAGUCGUAGCCGAUUUUCUUUAGUGGGUCGGCAGACAAUUUCAAGCAUUGAUUGAAAGUAUAACAGAAUAGAGCCGUUGCAUUGGCUCUACUUAAAUUUUAGAAUGUGAUUCCUUCGUAUGGCACUAGCUGAUGCAAUAGAACUAGUUUCUGGUGUUUUGGUGGAAUUGCUUUUCAGGAAGUCUGUCUGGUUGUGGUCUGACUUUGUUUGCAUGGGCGAGUGAUUUUUAGUUGGCAAUAAUUUUCCCUCUAUAAAUUUAGUAAUCCUUAUGUAUAAAACAAAAACUUUUGUAAUUCUCGGACGACGAGGUUGCAAAGUGAGUGAAAAAUCACGUCUAGAUUUUCAAGA